GAUCUACUCUUGUGGGAACACCUGCCGGCUCUCUCUCUUUGCCACCUCCAACACCUGUCUCGGCUGUUCUGUCUCUCUACCAAUACCCAAUUGCUAUAUAUAAUCAAGGAACGGAGGAGUUCUGAAAAUGGGUUCCGUUCUCGGCAAGGGAAAGAGCAAGGAGGAAGUGGAAAUGGCCCUCGCAAAGGCCAAAGAGAUCGUUUCUUCAACACCUGUUGUUGUCUUCAGUAAGACUUACUGUGGUUAUUGCAAGAGAGUGAAGCAGCUGCUCUCACAGCUAAAAGCAACCCACAAGACCAUUGAACUCGAUCAGGAAAGUGAUGGAGCUGAAAUUCAAUCAGCUCUAAGAGAAUGGACUGGUCAGAGCACUGUGCCUAACGUAUUUAUUGCGGGAAAACACAUGGGUGGAUGUGACUCUGUGAUGGAGAAGCACCAGGAAGGCAAGCUUGUGCCCCUUCUCAAAGAGGCUGGUGCCAUUGCUGAAGUUUCUACCCAGCACUGAAUUAGGUAGGGAAGCCACAAGUAGUAUGCUAAUAAACCACCACUUCAUAUGGUGUGUAAACAAUGGUGAUACAUGUAGUCCAGUAGGGUGUGCACACUAUUAAGUAAUGCUUUUGCUCUUUUGUAAAUCUUCUACUGUUUUGGGGUUUUCAUUGCAGCUCAAAUUCCAUUUCCCCUUUGCAU